CACCCGUACUGAUUAUCCCGGCCAUUGAUGAUAAAAUUCCCAUAAAUGGUGCCUUGGGAUACCGCCCAUCCCGAUCCCAAAAUGGCAACCGGAUCUUGAUGCAAUGCCGACCAAGAGUGCCGGCUUCAAUAUUCACGGAGGAACCGUACCCUGAGCCCAUGAAGGAUGAUUGAAUAUCAAGGAAAACCCAUCUCGAGGCCAAGACUGUGAUAAAUAGGACGGGCAUGUCCCCUUGACAAAUGGAGUUCAACCCAAGGCAGGUCCCCAACUGCCACCAGCCAGCAACUGCGUCCGUCUGUCCAUAUUUGUAUCAGCAAUGGCUUCCAUCAUGCGCAUACUCGCCGCCGCCGCCGCUAUUGCAGGCAGCGCAACCGCCUCCCCCAACGCCAAGCUCGAAUCUCGCCAGGCGCCAUUCACCCCACGCCCAGGCUACUUCCCCGCGACGGGCGACGACACCAUAUCCGGCGGCAUAUUCUGCAUCCCGCUCAACGAGCUCGGCAGUGCCGUGGCCAACCUCAACCUCCCCGGCGGCGUAGGCACCGAGGUACCCCGAGCCGGCGCCCCAGGCCCCGCCAACGGCCCAUACCCGGCCAAGGUGGUUACGGACCCCUCGCUUCCUGGCCACACGCUGUACGUGCUGUCGACGCCGCCGCCCGCCAACGUUUCGGUGCCCUUCAUCGCGUGGGGCAACGGCGGCUGCGCCAUGGACGGCGGCGCUACGUACCGCAGCAUGCUUCUCAUGAUUGCGAGCCACGGCUACGUCAUAUCGGCUGACGGACCGGUUGCGCAGCAACGCCAGAGCCUCGUCAGCGACCUGCGGGCGUCGGUGGACUGGGCGCUCAAAGGGGGAGCAGACAAGUAUGCCAAGAUCGAUCGGGACAAGAUCAUCACGGCCGGGCACAGCUGCGGCGGCCUGUCGGCCAUGUCGACGGCGUAUCACGACCCGCGCAUCCACCGGGUCAUGUUGUUCAACAUUGCCAUCUUUCAGGACAAUAGGAGAUACCUCCUGCAGGAGAUCAAAGUCCCCGUCGCGUGGUUCAUUGGAGGUCCAAAGGAUAUGGGCCAUCCUGGGUCCGAGAAAGACUACAAACUACUCAACGCAGGCUUGCCGGCAUACAAGGCCAACCUCGACACUGGUCACGGUGGCACUUAUGUGGCCACCAAUGGUGGUAAAUUUGGCAAGGCAGCCAUCAACUAUCUUCAGUGGCAGAUGCGUGGCGACGAAAAGGCCAGGGCGAUACUUCUUGACCCUGCCUCUGAAGGAAGCCUUGUCAAGGACAAUUGGAGUGUCGAGUACAAGAACUGGGAUUGAAUAAAUGGUGGGAAGGAUAACUGCGAGUCGAGGUGGUGUGUCUUUACUAAUAAAAAUGGCCAUCAACGUCCAAAGUUAGUCAUAUAGGGCUGAUUGUAAGGAGAUCGAAACAGAAAUAGUAGUAUUGUUUAGUGUGGUACA